GCCUCCAACACAACCCAGUUGCAGCCAUGACACGCAACACCCUCCCGGAAUUCUCGUGGAUUCUUUCUGUGACUCCUCCUUGAAAACAAAAGACACAUUCGCAUCAACCGGUCACAUCACCAGUCAAAAUGCCGACGCACUACAAGAAAACAAGGCUCUUUGGCGGGGCAAUCGUCGCCGAGAUCCCAGCACAGUUUGCCGAUGUUAGCAAGAUCCGCCAGGUCCCCGACAACCAAGAAGUCUUUAUCGACAAGGACGGCUUCACGUCCAUCAUCGUCGAGAUCACGGAGCGCGUCGGCGGGCCGGGCAGCUCCGCCGAGAUCGACGGCAAGGCCCUGUCGGUGCACCUCGAGGAGAUUGUCGGCUCGGAAAUCGACGGCGUCAAGGUCUGGAACACGACCGACACCGAGUUCACGCUGCUGGGCUCCAAGAUCCCCGCCUACACCCUCAUCGCGACGCAGACGCCCAAGGCCGACAAGCGCGGUGGCUCCUCGUCCUCUCCCGACUUCACCGCCCUGAUUUUGACGCUCAUCAGGCUCGAGCGUGAAAAGACCGACAUACUGAUCACGGUCAACGUGCCGCAUAUCAAGGGCUCGUACGACGAGGACGAGAUCGAUCUGGAGAUGGGCAAGCAGGGAAAGCUCAUUGGGGAUGCGGUCGAGCAUGCCGCGAGAAUCUGGUCGUCGUUUGAUAUACUCGACUGGAAGCUGUUCAACGAGGUCUAGAAUGCAUCUUGGAGGAAGGUGAACUGUUUAUAGCCUAUGCGCAGAGUCGCUCGUGAUAUGAUUGGUAUAUUUUGUUGUAGAAUACUGCGGGAUUCGAUGGAUAUUUUAUUUCUCUUUCAUACCCUUUUGGGCAUGGCGACAAAAGCUGCCCUGUUAUGAGUAAUGAAUCCACUUUACAGCCAUAUUUGUUCCAUAC